AUGGAAAAUGAAGAAUAUGAAGCAGUAACAUUUCACAAUGUCCCAGUAAAAAAUUUAAUUGACUCAAGAAAAUAUUGUAAUCGAAGAAAAAUAUUCGAAAAUAGAGAUAAUUUUAUAUUUGAUGUUCAGGGCGAAGCACCUCGAAACAAUAUUGAAGCAGAACGUGAAAAAGAUGAAACUGAUGAUUCAGACGGAAACUUAGUUGUAUUAGAAAAAGAAGAGAGAAAAGUACUUAGAAAAUGUAAUAUAUGGAGACGCCAAAAUAUCAAUGCUAUCAAAAAUGCGGUGGCUAAGCGAGAAUUUCAACAAAAAAUGAUAAUACAACCACCUGUUGUCGAGAAAAUUGAAAACAGUGAAUUUGAACUAGGCAAUCUUAUUGAAGAAUUGAAUAACUUUAUAGAGUGUAAAUGUUUAAUUUUCCAUUCAAAUGAAUAUGAACGUGAAUUGAUCGACAAAAAUGUCAAUCAAGAUAGAUUGUCUGAAGUUAAAAACACAUUAAUUGAAAUAAAUAAAAAAUGCAUGGACAUUGAUGAUAAAUUUAAAAUAACCAGUAAUAAAGAAGAUAUACUGGUGAUUCAUGAAGAUAUUGUUUCACUAAAAAAAGAAAGUUUAGAACUUCUUAAGCAAAAAGACAAAAUUAUUGAUAAACUGUUAGAAGGAAUAGAAGAAUUGUUAACUAAAUCGUUUAAUGAAACAACUUCUAAUACAAAUGAUCUGGAUAAAUUGAAUGAAAUUGCAAACAAUAAAUUGCACAUCCUUAAAGAAGAGCAUAAAAAGUAUUAUUUAGCUAUUACUAAAUUGAUUGAAGAUACAAAAAAUGAAAAAAAUAACAAUGAUUCUGCUAAAUGGAGACUUUUGAUGAACAAGAUCAUUAAUAAAAUUUCAAGUGCAUCAUUAAAACAGUUCGUAUUAAUUAAAAAUAAUAACCUUGAGUUAUUAAAGGAAUUUAAGACCAAUGAAGAGAACGCAAAAAUCUUUAGAUUAGAAACAGCUGAGAAUGAUGUUGUACUUGAUCUCAAUUUGGAAUUUGUUAAAAUCAGAUGUGCAACAAAUAUAAAAAAACUUGAAUAUAAUUGUUAUGUUUUAAAAACAAAAAUAGAUGAUAAUCAUUUUAGAAUAGUAAAUCAAAAAAAAAGAAUUAGUUUUUUACAAGAAAAAGUGAAUACACUGAGAGAGAAAUGUAAUAAAAUCGAAUCUGACGUUACAACCCAAAAAUCUACAGUUGAAAAACAAAUUAUAGAUAUAAACAAAAAAAUAGAUCAGCAAGAAAAAAGAGCUGAUUGUAUUGCAAAGAAAGAUAAUGACGAAUACUUACAAUUGUGGGACAUUCAACUGACCGAAAUCAAAAAUAACAUAGAUAGUGUUCGUCAAACCGAUAAUUUUAUACGCGAGUAUUUCGGUUUUAGUGACAAGACAAAUUUCUGUGAUAAACUCACUAUUGAUGACGAUGAUACAACGGGGCCACUUUUGAAACACAUCAAUAAUCUAAUAUCAUAUGAGCCUGUACACAACAGUUUAAACACAAAUUAUUAUGAACAUAUCAGAGACAAAGCUCUUAAUAAUCUGUUAUUAGAUUUCAUUGUUAGGAACUCAAGUUUUGUGUUUGACCAUAACUUAAAUGGAAUUCUUAACACAAAUUCAAUGAGAAAUUUAUCAUACGCUUAUAAUGCUUUAAGCUGUUUAAAACUAAAUAAAAAAGAAUCUUGGGAUCUCAUAAAAUCUAAAUUUAAGCCAUUUGUGAAUUGUAUUGUUUGUAAUUCUCAAAUAAAUUGGGAAUCGGGUGAAAUUAUCGGAACGUCAAGCAGUGAACAAAAAAUAUGUAAUAAUAAUACAAUAUCAGCAGAUAAUUGCAUCAACGAAGAGAAAUCGAGCAAAUAUUUAUACUUUGAGAAAUUAUGUAAAAAUAUAACUCAGCAUAACAAAAAUAUUGACAAACUUAAAAAAUCAGAUCAAUGUAUGAAUGACACUGCAUCUUCGAACAAUAUUACUUUUGAAAAUAUUGAUGACGAACAAAAUAAUAAAUAUUCCACAAUUUUAGUUAAAGAAAAUACAUCACUUAACAAUACUCGAUGUGGAAAUUUGAAUCAUAAAUUAUCCAUUGACAACAAGCAUUUCAUGCAUAUAAUGAAAGAGAUAAUAAAAGAAUCGCAAUCAACACGUGUCUCAAAACCAAUGUCAUUAUCCCAAAGAUUAAAAAAAGAAUAUAAUUUUGUACAGUGGAUAAUUAGUGAAAAUGAUUUACAAGAAUAUUGGUCUCAACUCAUCAAAUAUAUUCCAAGUGGUGUUGAUUCGUGGAAAAUGUACGACGAGGAACUUAGACAUUAUUAUAGAAUUUUAGUUGUGAGGAAGAAAAAAAUGCUAAAGGCAAAAAUAUUACAAGCUGAAAAUAUGAAGUUGAAAAAAGUGCUUCACGAAUUAGAGCUUAGAAGAUGA